GGACGAACGGGUGGAGCGGCGGCAGCGGCUGGCGAGACUGCUGAAAGAGGGCAUCAUCGCUACCGACGAGGACAUCGACGACAAGGAAGUGAAAAAGAGACUCCCGGACGACUUUCUACCCAAGGAGGGGGAGUUCCUCAAGCUCGACAUCGACCGCGACUUUCAGGAUUUGAAGAAAGAAGUGAAAGUGCUUGCGGACAAGCUGGAACAGGACCCGGAGCAGAAGUUUUUCAUGGAAUACAGCAAGCUUUACCUGCAGCCCGUGCACACGUAUUUGGUGG